GCGAUGGAGAGGAACAUACUAGAAAUAGAAGAAGACUGCCCUGAACUUAUUCCUAUUGAAAAAGAAAUCCAAGUCCAACCUGGUCAGAUACCCGUCACUAUAAUUACUGGUUAUUUAGGAAAGACUGAAAAAACAGUACAAGAUAACCAUCAUUAAUCCAUCUACCGGUGAUCCGGUUCCACCACUAAUUUGGACAUAAUUUCUGCAAGCAUAAUUUCAAAUUUGGCAGGAGCUGGAAAAACAACACUGUUAAAUUAUAUUUUAACAGAACAACACAACAAGAGAAUUGCAGUCAUCCUAAACGAGUUUGGAGAAGGUAGUGCUCUUGAAAAGUCUUUAGCAGUAAGUCAAGAUGGUGAACUUUAUGAAGAAUGGCUUGAACUCAGAAAUGGUUGUCUUUGCUGCUCUGUAAAGAAUAAUGGCCUAAAAGCUAUUGAAAACUUAAUGCAGAAAAAGGGAAAAUUUGACUAUAUUUUGUUGGAAACCACUGGACUUGCAGAUCCAGGUUCUGUAGCUUCCAUGUUUUGGGUUGAUGCUGAACUAGGGACUGAUAUUUACCUGGAUGGUAUUAUAACCAUCGUAGAUGCAAAAUAUGGUAUUCAGCAUUUAACUGAAAAAAAGGAAGAAGGACUUGUUAAUGAAGCAGCAAGGCAGGCUGCCUUGGCUGAUCUUAUUAUCAUCAAUAAAACAGACUUAGUAGGUCAGGAGGAAAUUAAUCACCUCAAAGAAGUUGUGAGUUCAAUAAAUGGAUGUGUCCAAAUUAUAGAAACAAAGAAGUCAAGGGUUAACCUAUCAGAUGUUCUGGAUUUACAUGCAUUUGGCGGCAAAGCAUCAACAAGGCUUUUUGAACAUUUUAAUAGUUCUGGAGAAACACAUCUAGACAAGGCAAUUACCACUGUUACCUUUGAUGUACAAGGAAGUGUUUCUGAAGAAAACCUAAAUGCUUACAUUCAGAAUCUUUUGUGGGAGAAGAACAUUGAAGACAAAACAGGUGCUCCCAUGAACAUCAUAAGACUGAAGGGAAUAGUAUCUGUGAAUGGUAAAUCUCACAAGAUAAUGAUCCAGGGUGUUCAUGAGCUGUAUGACUUGGAGGAAACACCAGAAACAUGGAAGCUAGGAGAACAAAGAAUCAACAGAUUGAUAUUCAUCGGUAAAAAUCUGGAUAAGAAAAUACUGGAAGAUAUGUUUAGUGCAACAGUUAUUACUGAAAGAAUGUGAUAAAUUAAGCAAACUCUUUUCAUUUGCUACAAUGACUGCUCAAUAUUUAUGUACAAAAUAAUACUAGCUUGAAAACUUUUGAUGAAAAGUUUGUUACUAGGAAAGACUGCAAAAAUGUGAGUUAUUUUCCAAAUAUUCUAUAGAGCACAUGAAUUUAUUUGAAUCCUUUUUUUGUCUUGCCACUGAACAUGUAUUGUCUUCAACUUAAUUUAGUUAAGAAUUCUGUGAGAACAAACAAAAUUUUAAUAAAACAUGUUGAGCACAGAAACCGCUUACUGGUAAUGACAUGGGGAUAAAUUAAGUAUUGUAUCAUCUGGUUGUUUUUCUAAGCUUAUUAAAGUAUAUUGUUAAGCCAA